CACUCUGCUGUGUGCAGUGCACACCGAAGCUUUUCGGCGGCUCGCUCGCGCACAGACUCAUGACAGGAUACUACGAGCUGAAGAGGGAUUUUUUUUGUGUCUUUUGUUUGUCGUUGGUGUUAAAUAUGGUUUAAAAGACGGCGACGGACGAUGUGUGCGUUCGUGGAGCUGACCGUCGUUCCGACGUGACCGAGCAGAAUGCCGUUGUUGUGCGUUUGUUAGGCAAAACAUCCUUUCUGCUGAUACAAACACACAAACGGACGGCUUUGACAGCUUCCACAUCCACAACAGCCAACGGAAGCCAUGGCGACACAAAACGACUGCUGUGUGAAAGUCUCUUUGAGGAUUCGUCCUCAGAUGGCGAAGGAGAAGAUCGAGGGCUGCCACAUCUGCACCUCCGUAACCCCCGGAGAGCCCCAGGUGCUGCUGGGUAAAGACAAGGCCUUCACGUAUGACUUUGUGUUUGACAUGGAUGUCCAGCAGCAGACGAUCUACAGCGCCUGCGUCCACAAGCUUAUCGAGGGUUGUUUUGAGGGAUAUAACGCGACAGUGUUCGCCUACGGGCAGACGGGUUCGGGGAAGACGUACACCAUGGGCACGGGCUUCGAUGUGACCGUGAGCGAGGACGAACAGGGGAUCAUCCCACGUGCCGUGCGUCAGCUCUUCCAGGGCAUUCAGAGACGACGAAAGGAAGCUCAGGACAGCGGCGCACACCCGCCUGAGUUUAAAGUCAGCGCCCAGUUUCUCGAGCUCUAUAACGAGGAGAUCCUGGACUUGUUUGACAGCGUCCGCGACCCUGGCAGGAAGUCGAACAUAAAGAUCCACGAGGACUCCAGCGGAGGCAUCUACACUUCGGGAGUGACCUCACGCCUGGUCAGCUCCGAGGAAGAGCUCCUCCAGUGUCUGAAGCUCGGCGCUCUGUCCCGCACCACAGCCAGCACUCAGAUGAACGCCCAGAGCUCCCGUUCUCACGCCAUCUUCACCAUCCACCUGUGCCAGAUGAGAGUGUGUCCUCAGACCCAGCUGGCGAACGGGUCUGUGAGUGCUGAAGUGAACGGUGUAGCUGACGACUCGAUGUCCCAGGCUGAGUAUGAAACCCUCACGGCCAAGUUUCACUUUGUAGAUCUGGCGGGAUCCGAGCGGCUCAAACGCACAGGAGCUACGGGCGAGAGGGCACGAGAGGGCAUUUCCAUCAACUGCGGCCUGUUGGCUCUGGGUAAUGUGAUCAGUGCGCUUGGAGAUCAGAGUAAGAAGGCUGGGCAUGUGCCUUACAGAGACUCCAAACUCACUCGCUUACUCCAGGAUUCGCUUGGAGGGAACAGUCAGACCGUAAUGAUCGCCUGUGUCAGCCCCUCGGACCGGGACUUCAUGGAGACACUAAACACACUGAAGUAUGCUAACAGGGCACGCAACAUCAAAAACAAAGUGGUGGUGAACCAGGACAAGACCAGUCAGCAAAUCAGCGCACUGCGGGCCGAGAUCGCCCGUCUGCAGAUGGAGCUCAUGGAGUAUAAAGCGGGGAAGCGUGUGGCCGGGGAGGAUGGCUCGGAAGGCUUCAGCGACCUGUUCCAGGAGAACGCCAUGCUACAGAGGGAAAACGACAACCUGCGCAUGCGCGUGAAGGCCAUGCAGGAGACCAUCGACCAUCUCAACACCCGAGUCACUCAACUCCUGACCAAUGAGAUUAACCUGCUGCUCACCAAGACAGGGGAAACUAAUGAGGAGAUUGGGAAUCUGAUCCAAAGCUACAUCAGAGAGAUUGAAGAACUCCGGUCUAAGUUGUUGGAGAGCGAGGCGAUGAACGAGUCUUUGAGACGCAGCGUGUCUCGUCUCUCCUCCCGCUCUCCUUAUCCUGCCUCUCAUGCGCCUCCACCUGGACACCCCCUGGGCUCCUCCCCAUCCGUUUCCAUGGAGGCCGAGAUGACGGACGUGCUUCGGCGAGCCAAGCUGGACAUCGAAAGGCUGAAGAAGAAAGAGAGGAAUCAGAGGCGCAAGAGUCCAGGAACGGAGAAGGGCUUGAAGAAGAGAGCAAAGCUCCAGGCUCAGGAGAACGGCCAGAGCUGUGAGAGCAGAGAGAAUGGAGACGGCAACUCUGAUAACGAGCCUGAAGAGGAGGGUAUGUACCCUCUGCCUGAAGAGGAGAGUGGCUGUGAUGAAGAUGAGGAGGAUGAGGAAGAGGAGCUCAGGGAGGAGGACGAAUUCGACAGCGAUGAGAGCCUGGUGGACUCAGACUCUGACUCUGAUGAGAAAGCAAACUUCCAAGCCGACUUGGCCGACCUGACAUGUGAGAUCGAGAUCAAGCAGAAGCUAAUAGAUGAACUGGAAAACAGUCAGCGGCGGCUACUGACACUAAAACUCCAAUAUGAAGAGAAGCUCAUCCUGCUGCAGAACAAGAUCCGUGAUACGCAGCUGGAGAGGGACCGCGUACUGCAGAACCUCAUGUGCAUGGAGAACUACACAGAGGAAAAGGCCAGCAGGAUUAAGGCGGAGUACGAGAAGCGUCUGAAGGAGAUGAACAGGGAUCUGAUGAAGCUGCAGGCGGCGCAAAAGGAGCACGCUCGCCUGCUGAAGAACCAGGGCCGCUACGAGAGAGAGCUUAAGAAGCUGCAGGCUGAAGUGGCUGAGAUGAAGAAAGCCAAGGUGGCAUUGAUGAAGCAGAUGAAAGAGGAGCAGCAGAGGAGGAGGAUGAUUGACGUCAAGAGGAACAGAGAGAUCGCCCAGCUCAAAAAGGAACAGCGACGGCAAGAGUAUCAGAUCCGUGCUCUUGAGUCGCAGAAGCGGCAGCAGGAGAUUGUCCUCAGGAGGAAGACUCAGGAGGUGACGGCUCUGCGUCGACUAGCUAAACCCAUGUCGGAGCGUGUGUCGGGCCGUGUCUCUCGUCGUCCACCCAGCCUGGACUCGGGAGCCGAGCUCUCAGCCAGCACCACCACCUCGACGACCACAUCAUCAGAACUCGAGUCUAGCCGUUCUGUCUCCAGCAUCGUCCGCCAGUGGAACAACAAGCUGAAUGGCUAUCUGGGAGAGAGCGAGGGAUCUGGAGGUGGAUUGUCCCGGCUGGCCAAUGGCAGGAAGAAGUUACAGAGGAAGGGUGUGAGCAGCAGCUUCUCAAAGACGGCGCGGCAAAAAUGGCAGGCUCUGGAGAGGAGGGUCAUGGAUAUAGUGAUGCAGAGGAUGACCAUUGCCAACAUGGAAGCCGACAUGGACCGCCUCAUAAAGAAACGAGAGGAGUUGUCCAUGCAGCAGGAGGCGCUGUUGCGUAAGCGAGAGAAGCUCCUGAGCGAGGGGCCUAGAGAGGAGGAUGAUGAACGAGUUGUUCAGGAGAUGAAUGAAGAAAUCGAGGUGCUCAAUGCCAACAUCGACUACAUCAAUGACAGCCUGUCUGACUGCCAGGCCACAAUUGUACAGAUUGAAGAGACCAAGGACGAGUUGGACUCAGUGGACAUGUCGGUGGUCAUCAGUUCCUGCUCCCUGACAGAAGCCCGUCACCUUCUGGACCAUUUCCUGAAGGCCUCCAUAGAUAAAAAUUUACAGGUGGCUCAAAAAGAAGCCCAGAUCAGGCUGUUAGAGGGACAGCUGCGACAGACAGACAUGAUUGGCUCUUCCCAUAAUCACAUGAUCCUGGACGCCUUGCGGGAGAAGGCGGAGUGUAUCCCAGAGUUACAGGCUCUCAUUCACAAUGUCCAGCAGGAAAAUGGCUAUGCUAGCACGGACGAGGAGGUGUCCGAAUUUAGCCAGGCCUCAGAAACAAGUUACUCACAAAUGAAAUCAUCAGCCAGUCAGGAUGACUUCAAGAUCAAGUCUGAGCCUCGCAUCUCAGUUCAGAUGAAGGCAGUAUCAGCCGAGUACUUAGGCCCCAUCCUGGACUCCACCACCAAGAACAUCACCAAGUCUCUGGCCUCUCUGUCCGAGAUUCAGGAGAACGGCUUGGGCUUUGUUCUGCGCGAGACCUACUCCAGAGAAAGCCUGUCCCGCACGAUCAACCUGCCGGUCCGAGGACACACGUUUCCCAGGCAGUCCAGAGGCUCAGAUGCAUCUCCAUUCACCAGGCGACCUUCAUAUGAUAGAAGUCAGUCAUACAGACCUCCUGAGACAAUCUACACCCCCCCCUCGUCCCCUCCUCUCCGUACCCGUAACGACCGCAAUGUUUUCUCCCGCCUCACAAGCAACCAGAGCCAGGGUUCUGCACUGGACAAGUCUGAUGACAGCGACUCCUCUCUCUCGGAGGUCCUCAGGGGUGUGAUCAGUCCCAUGGCAGGGCUGAAGGGGGGCAGAACGGCUCCUCUGCAGUGUGUGGCCGUGGCUGAGGGACACUCCAAGCCUGUGCUCUGCCUUGACGCUACCGACGAGCUGCUUUUUACUGGAUCCAAAGACCGCACGUGUAAGAUGUGGAACCUGGUGACUGGGCAGGAGAUCGUGACACUGAGGGGACACCCCAACAACGUGGUGUCUGUCAAAUACUGUAGCAGCUCCGGCCUGGUCUUUACUGUCUCCACGUCCUACAUCAAAGUGUGGGACAUCCGUGACUCUGCCAAGUGUGUGCGCACCUUCACGUCCUCAGGUCAGGUGGUGUCAGGAGAUGCCUGUGCUGGCACCACCACCCGCACAAUCACCACAACCCAGGGAGAAUACCAGAUCAAUCAGAUCGCCCUAAACCCAUCCGGCUCCGUGCUCUACGCUGCGGCAGGGAACACAGUCCGAACCUGGGACCUCAACAGAAUGCAGGCCUCGGGGAAGCUGACAGGCCACAUCGGCUCAGUCAUGUGUCUAACAGUGGGCUACUCCGGUGGAGGCAAAGACCAGGUCAUCACCGGCUCUAAGGAUCACUAUGUGAAGGUGUUUGAUGUCGCGGAAGGCAUGCAGGGGAACAUCGGUCCCGCUCACAACUUUGAGCCGCCUCACUACGACGGCAUCGAGUGUCUGGCCGUGCACGGCGACGUGCUGUUCAGCGGCUCCCGUGACAACGGCAUCAAGAAGUGGGAUCUGGAGCAACAGGAACUGAUUCAGCAAAUCCCAAACGCCCAUAAGGACUGGGUGUGUGCGCUAGCCUAUGUGCCCGGGCGACCCAUGCUGCUGAGUGCCUGCAGGGCGGGCAUGCUGAAGGUCUGGAACGUGGACAAUUUUACACCCAUCGGCGAAAUCAAGGGUCAUGACAGUCCAAUCAAUGCCAUCUGCACCAACUCCAAGCAGAUCUUUACCGCCUCCAGUGACAGGACUGUGAAGAUCUGGAACCUGAGGAUCGCAAAGAAGAGGUGACGGCUUGACGACUUUUAUCGAUGGUCUACGUUCCUUUUGUUGGGCUGCUGACCGCAAGGUGACAAGGUGUGCUUGUCCUCAGAGGUCAGAGGUCAGAGGUCACAGUCUGGAGCUCCGGUGCCACAUGAAGGUCUCGUAAUGGAAGAACCUUCAUGAGACGAUGAAGGCAAUAGUGAAUCUAAGGUGCCACCAUGUUGGUAUUUUCGACUGCACACCAAAUAAUGAGAUGAGCGUGGGUCUACUCCGUGCACAUCCAUUUACAGAAAGUGUCCUUCUGUGCCAAUUCGUUUUUUUGAAGAAAAAAAGUGUCACUUUAGAUAGUAGCUGCUGUCCACUUUUGUUUAUUUAUUAUUUCAAGGAUAAAAACAGGCCAAUAUGGAGGCCUUGGGAAAUCACUUCUGAGCCAAAUGGUGGGGAAAAGCACAUUUCAGUUUUACCCCCUGGAGACCCAAAUGUUUCUCUUUUUUGAUUGACUGAAUAUCAGACUUUAUCAUAGCAAGCGUUCUACCGGAAGCAAGAAGGAGAUUGAUUCUUCUGUUACCAUCUGGCGGAGGUUCUCUGGAGAGUCUGGAUACGGACGGAGCUUGUUCCAAGACGUGACUGUGUAAUAGUGCUGGCACACUCACCACACACACCGUCGCCUUCCUCUGAGGUGUCUACUUAAGACUUUUUACAAAAUCUAAUACAUACUCGGUGUCUUCUCAAUCCCUCAUCAUCUUGAACACGCUCAACAAAACUUUGUACAGCUUCCUCUCCUUUUCGAACAAGUGUUUCCUCCUGUGCUGUGACGUUUCCAUGUUCUACCUCAGGUUUAAAUGUGUUUUGGGGUCCCAAGCCCUGUCAGUUGUUUGCGUUUCGGGCUUUAGGUCUAUUUCCUCAUCUUCUUAUUACUGGCCUGUGAAUAUAGUGCUCUCUGAGCUCCGCAAGCCCCUUAUCCACACUCUGCUGAGCGGACACUUUCGGAGACUGGCUUCAAUAAGCUCGGGCCAGCAGCGGCCCAGAGUGUGCAAUAAAACCGACAGUUUGCUCUAAUGAAGGCUCUAGUGCUUAAGCAGGCAGAAUGACUCUUUCCUUUAGUGAGUUUAGAAGGACCUACUCUCCUGCUGAGAGUCAGUGCGUAAUCAGUUCAGUUUGGUCUGAACCAACUGAGUGAGUUUGGACUGUUUUUAAUGCUGGAAACGGUGGCUAGGCUAACCACGGUGCAUCAGUGGUUAACAGAGCGUAAUCUAACAGAAGUCAUUAUCGUCAACCACCAUAUUUGUGAAAAUAUUACGCAGCUUUGUAGUUCAUGGAUCUAAAGCUCUAUAACACGGUGAGCAUUUUGUUUAGCUCAUUGGUAAGGAAGUGCAGUAUUAGGGGAUUACAUGUAAUAGUUAAUAGGUUAGGAAUUAGCAAUGUUAGAUUUUAUGCGCAUGGGUCGGUUAGUUCACAGAGCAAGUGAAAUUGAUCUCAUUGCAUCCCAAUGCAAAGUCUCGCGGGGAAUUUUUCUUAAAUAAUUUUUCACAGGGGUCUUUGAUGAAUAGCCUGGGGGUCCAGGUGGAAAUCAUGCCCCAAUAUCAUCACCGUUAUUAUUGAGCUCGUAUAGACGGAAUAUUAUUAUACACAUUCACACAAUGAGUAUAAUAUUUGAACACUUGGAUGAUGUUGAUAAAAUAAGUCGUACUGAAUGGAAUUUAUUUUACAUGUAAAUCCCACAGACCUAUUUUUUCCCCCCCAGGACCCAUGAAAUAUAACGCAUAAACCAAACACUGGCAGAACAUCAAAUAGUUCUGAAAGCCCUUUGGGCCAGACACAAGUUGUGACUACAUCUGGAAUUAUCUCCUAGGAUCCAUCCCAAUUUCCUUUUUCCACUGCAUCUCUUUAAAAUAUGCAGAGAGCAGUGUUGAGAAGUAGGUCGGCUUCAGAGCUGUGUUUUUUUCUGCUCACCUUUUGAAAAACAAAAAAACAAAAAAAAAAACGAAACGGGAAACUGGCCCGUCGGUGCCAGAGGAGCCGACACGCCUGAUGGGGGUAUGUGGGCGAUGGCAGGUUUCAUCUUGGCACAACACUGGUAUGCACGGAGUAUUUUUAGAGCAUCAAUCAUCAUCUUCCAGGGCUGCACUCUUCUUCCAGCCCCCAGAUUUACUGUCUUUUUUAAUGAAACAUAUUUAUCACCCUAAUCUUUUUUUCUGGGCGGCCCCUGGCGCAUCUAUAUCUGUUGUAGCAGCUGUCGGAGGGUGCUCGGCUGUCAGACCCGAGCUCUGAUUUCCAGCUGUGAGGGAUGGGUGUGCUGUGCUAAAAGCCCUGCAGCACAGAUGAUGGCACAUCGAGCUGUGUUUAAGGAGCCGGUGUCCCAUUAAAACUGUGUCGUCCCCCCCCCCCCCCCACCCCCCCCACCCCCCCCCCCAGUUUCUUUGUAUAUUUAAUAUGAUAAUGUUCAAGCAAGGAAUGGAGGAUUUUGUCUUAAUGAUGCCAUCAUGCUAUGAUGUGAAUACCAUUGUCUUCUUAUAAAAAUGUGAUGCUGCUGUUCAUGUUUAGCAAGAGAUUAUAUUAGAUGUUCAUACCACAGCAUUGUUGAAUUCUCGAUUCGGAUUGGUUGAUUCAUUAUCUAGAACAGAAGCUGUGAAGGUAGUUCCAGCUGAAAGGUUUAUAUUAAUGUGCUCAAAAGGAAGGAGUCUCCAGUGUCGGUGCUUUGUAACAAUCAGAGAUAAAGCUUACACAAAGUCUUCAAGGAUGGAGGACUUUGCAAUUAGAGAAGCUGCAUUUUUUAAAAUUUUCUUUCGUGAACUUCGAGAGAGAGAGAGAGAAAAAGAGACUAGCGAUGGAUACCUGUUAAAACACACAUGAGAACGGGAACUAAUGUGGGAGUUACGCAACGUUAAACAUAAUAAAUAAACAGUACGUGUCAUUAGUUAAGGAAUAAAAAAAUGGUUCUAAGUGUUCUAAGAGGAGUAAAACAUUUCAGGACAUGCCGUUAUCGGAAAAUCAACUGUUGAUUCUUUUUCCUAUUACUGCACACCACCAAGUGUUUUAUUCCUCACAUAAUAACGCAUCACCAGCCAGUAGAAAUGUCUGAAGUUUAUCCAAUUCAUUCUAGACACAGAAAGAAGGAAGAUCUGAACGGUCUUCUGAACAGUGUACAAUGCAAAAAGUUUUGGCACACUCUCCCAAACCAUCAUCAUCUUUUGAGCUAGAAAUUCUCCAAAGUUUGUGGAAAUCGGAAUCACUUUUUACCCCGUCCACAUCGCAAACACGCCCAACAAAACUAUUUACUUUGUCUACCUAUCUCUCAUCGUUUUUUUUGGUCCAAAUAAAUGUGAUCUUUAUAUAAUAGUCAUGGAACCCUGUGAAAACGUGUAGUAUUUGUAGUAAAAAGAGUGAUUUGGAGCACUGCGACAGAUCACUAAAGUUCUUGCCAAAGCCUUUGAACUGUGAUCAUUGCGGUACAUAUUAUGUGCUUGUUUUUGUUCAUCCAGCAUUUCCCCUUUCUUUAAUGCUGUUGUUAAACUAAUGAGUCAUCUACAGUAAAUAACCCCCCUACCCACCCUCCCUUGAAAACGAAUCCUUUUUCAAAGAAUGCCCCCUCAUUAGUGAGCUGAAGAGACUGGAUGUCUGGCUUUAUUCAUUUCAUUUUAGAAAUGAAGGCAUUUCAGAGUUUUUUUUUUUUUUUUCUUUUGAAACUGCUUUAUCCUUUUCAUAUCGUUUCGUUGUUGAACGUUGACUGGAAUGUGAAGGAAGCUUUAUUUGGCUAGUGCUCAACGACUGUGAAAUGGAGGGAUAUAACCUCUUAGUGCGCGUUGAAUGAAAUGUGGAUUUAAUGGCCUGCACUUCACGCCAUGAAUAUGACCGCAAUACAGGAAACUGAUCGGCCAGUGUGUGAUGAAAACCGGCUCCUGAAUUUGCAACCGCUCACCUAGUCGUGCAGCUUUUUUUUUUUUGGUGCUCAACACAAACACAACCAUCACAAUACGGUGUAACUAAAUCUUUGUUUUCUUUUUUUCCUCUGGAGUUCAUAUGUUUUUGCAUGGCCUGAACGUGACGCAGAAAUGAACUGUACAUAGUCAACACGGCACUGUUUUCUGCAUUUGGGAGGAUGUCAAUGCCUGACUAUAGGCAUCUACAAUCAUCUGUGCACGAACCUGGGCUUUGUGCUGCUGCUGCUGCUUUCUUAUUUAACAAAAUAAGAAAGUGGGGUGGGAGUAGCCCCUCUUUGCCUUAUGCUCCAACUCUCUGUCUCUUAAGCCUUCACCACCUUAGACUGAUCCUCAGCAUUGCCUCUUAAAAGCUCAGCGAUGGUUCAACCUUUGGACGUGUCUGUAAAUCCUUAGCAAUAGAUUUUGAACAUGUAUAUGAUAUUAUUUUGUGCACAAGACUCUUACAACUUGUUCUUAUUUUGUAUAGGAAAUGGAAACCAUUUGAUACCUUUUGGUGAGUACUGGGAAAAGAAGAUUGGACGAUGUCGUUUAAAAAGAAAAUCACUAAAUAUCACUAAAAGCAAUUAGCGUUUGUCACAGAAAAGGUGAGCACAAAUCAGACCUUGUACCGGCUCUAGCUGAUGGAUAUCAGAGACGGCAGGCGAAGGCACGUGCAGAGAGCAGGUACAUCACGCAGCGGCAAAACAACAGGGUCAAAGGUGCCUUUUUAUUGCACAGACUCCUCCCAAGGACUGAAACUGUUUCUACAGUGGUGUUUGUCUGUUUUCUUACAUGUGCAUAUGGGUGUAAAAAUACUUGACUGUAAAUAUUGUAUUCAUUUUUUUUUUAUUUAAUGAUUGAUCAAGCAUUGCUGCAAAAAAGAAUAAAAAAAAAGGCUCAA